GAGCCUGAUUAUUCGCCCAAACCCCGCAAAGUACGUCCAUCGGUAUUCACAGUGGAAACCAAACGGCUAUUACAAAACUCGAGGGGGUCGACCACCACAAUGACCCUAUUGGCCCAAAAUCAGCCGGACACAGACAGCAGCGGUAGGCCAUCCAUAUGCGCGAUCCCGGAGCCCCAGUCGGUCGAGUUGGGCGACUACUUGCGGGCUAAGGCCAGGUCGGGCCAAAAGAAAUGGUCGCAUUGGCUCAAGAGUUUCGCCUUCUGGAAGAUUACCAUCAUGUACACCAUGGCCAGGAUGUUUGUCAACUUGUCCCAGGUGUAUACACCACUAUAUUUGCAAAAUACUCUAGAAAUGCCCAAGCAAACAAUAGCAAUCAUACCGUUUGCCACGUAUGUCGCGGGACUGGUCUGCUCUUUCGCCGCCAAACCCAUGUCCGCCCGAUUUGGGUCACGGUGGGUGCUAAUAGUUGGUGCUGCAUUUGGUGUGGCCACAUGUGCCUGGAUAUUUAUCGGCAACAAUAGCGAUGCCUAUAAAGCGUGGGAAAUAUACGGAGUGUCGGCGUUCAUAGGCAUCGGCGGUACGGCUCUACUCAUAUCAAGUUUGGCAUUAACUAGCGAUUUGAUUGGCUCUAACACCUCUACCGGUGCGUUUGUGUUUGCAGCAAUGUCCUUUUUCGAUAAAUCCGUCAAUGGUAUAGUGAUCGCACUGUUAGAGCACUUUACCCCUAAGGAUACUCCGAAGGGU